GUUUUAAAACAGAACCCGAAUGAUCUAAGGAUAUUGAAAAUGUUAUCUGCUGUUAAAGAUAAAAUCGCAGUAAACAGUCUGGCAGAGUCUGUCGCCAGUGAUUCGGAUGAAGAUAUUUCCAAUGAAGAAAAUAUGCAAAUAAAUAUUGAUUCGAACGAUCUUGACUUCGAUAUAAACGAUGAAAAGAAUAAUAAAGAUUACAUCGGUAUAGAUACAAACCAGUAUUGUCAGAGAUCACAAUCGGUAUCAUCAUCGAAAAACUUGUCCGAUUGUAUUAAAAAAUAUCUUCUAUCACGUAUCGGCAUGGAAAAGAAACAAGGGAGCUUUGUAUUUAAAGAAAAAAUGUAUCGAGUAAUACCUAUGAAAAUGAAUAGAAAUUAA